CUUUGAUUUGACGCUAUUGCGUGAGCCGAAGAUGUAUUACGUUUGUUAUUUUAUUUUUUUUAUAUUUAUUCUUAAUAAUGCUGAGGCUGCGACACAAAAGCAAUUGGACACGAUUUUUUUUCGUUUGUACACGAGCAAUGAUGUUGAGCCAUACGUAGACGAAUAUUUAAAAAAUUCAACUCGUAUACUCUCUCAUAUUGAUAAUAAAAAACAAAUUGUUAUUUACAUCCACGGCUUCACCGAGAGUAUAAACAGUUCGAGCGUCGAUUCAAUAGUCCAAGCAUACAUAACUCGAGGGGAUCACAAUAUAGUCGCAGUAGAUUGGAGCAAAAUAGCGAACGAAAAUUAUCUUGAAGUUGUUGCGAGCGUUGACGAAGUCGGUGCAUAUAUAGCGCAUGCAAUUAGCGACAUGGCUUGCGCGGAUUAUUCAAUUACGCGUAAAAUUCAUAUCAUCGGGCACUCUAUGGGUGCGCAUGUCGCUGGUGCCCUUGGGAGAAAUAUGAAACCUUUGCUACCAAGAAUUACAGGACUGGAUCCAGCUGGUCCUCUAUUCAAUCUUCUUCGAAGCCCGCUCACCAAAGCGGACGCUGAAUUCGUUGACAUCAUUCACACGGACGCGGGACUUUACGGAAAAACUCGGGGCACUGGGACAGUUGAUUUUUGGCCCAACAAAGGGACAAGGGUGCAACCAGGCUGUCCUAAGACCGCGGCAAUUUAUAGCAAUGACGAUUUUUGCAGCCACCAUCGCUCCUGGAUUUUUUAUGCAGAAUCUGUUAUAUCGGAGAAAGCUUUUCUUGCAGUUAGGUGUUCAUUCGAUACCAAAUCCUCACGAGUUGAAUUCAAAGUAAUUCCGAUGGGUUUUGCAACUCCGCGUGAAGCCCGUGGCAAUUAUUGUCUAAAAACUGCAUCGCAAAAACCAUAUGGACUAAAAAUGAAAGGCGCAAGCGAACAAUAACAACCGUAACACCAGAAUACGUCUAAAUAUAUUUUAAAAAUGAU